AUGUCUGUGGGGAUAUUGUCCUUUGCAAACCGUGUAAAAGCCACUUCAACAGAAUCAGCGCCUAGUACAAACGCGCAUGUUGGAAUGAAGCGAGAACGAUCAUUUGAUUUGAAUAAAGAAUUGACACCAGAAGAUUCUGAAGAAGCAUUCACAUCACCUGCUCAACUGCAAACUGUCCAAAGUGAAAAGACUAGACGUUACAGAAGGCGUAAACAAGUGCAGUUGUCUUAUGCGACUGAAAAAGAUAAAUGUGACCAUGAUAGAAGAUGUUUGCAUUGGAGUACCCUUACGAUGAAAGAAAGGAAAGCGGCUUCUGAUAGAAAGCGUUAUCAUUCAAAGAGCAACGAAGAGAUAGAUGAAAGAAAUAGAAGAAGAAAUCUGAAAAACAGUAUGCUAACAGAAGAGGAGAAGAGGCGAAAAUACGAUAUAAACAAUGCUUAUCGCAAAAAGAAAAGGCUCGCAAUGACUGAUGAAGAACAUGCUGAAGCUAGACGAAAAGAGGCAGAACGAUCGCAAAGGAGGCGUGAUGCAAGAAUCGUUACCCAUACCGCUGGGGUGAAACGACAACGCUCAUUUGAUCUAAACCGAGAAGUAACACCAGAAGACCAGGAAGAAGCGCAAGAUGUCAAAGAAGGCGAACUUAUCAGUAAAAGACCUCAUAAAGAGGGGAAGCAAAUUAUACUCUCUUAUGCGAUAGAAAAGGAUAAAUGUGAUCAUGGUAGAACAUGUUUGCAUUGGAAUGAUCUUUCGUAUAAAGAGAGGAAAGCGGCUCAUGAUAAAAGACGUUAUCAUUCGCAGACCAAAGAAGAGAUAGAAGAAAAAAAAAGGGAGAGAAUUGUCCCACGAAAACGAUUGCUGUCAGAAGAGAAAAAGAGGCGAAAACAAGAAAUGAACAAUAUUUCACGUAAAAAGAGGAGGCUUGCAAUGACUGUUGAAGAACGUGCUAAAGAAAGACGAAGAGAAGCGGAAAGAUCGCAAAGCAGACGUGAUGCAAGAAAACUUCUUGCAUUGACACAAAAUACGCAAGCGAAAGGUAAGAAUCAAUAG